GUUGCAACUAUAAAAACACCAACACAUAAAGCAACUCAAUUUCUCUCUUUCAUUUUCCCAUCUAAAAUAGCCAACUUUUAUGCCUUUUCUUUUCCAUCCCUCUCUCUUGAUUUCUCCUUCUUGUUCUUCAUAGAUAUUUAUUCAAAAAACAUGGCUUCUUCUAGCCAUACACUACAUAACCAAAACAACAACCAACCCAAUAAUGUUGUGAUGAACAUCUCAUGUGCUUCUCCAUCUAGUAACAAUAAUAAUAGUACUACUUUUGUCCAAGCUGACCCCUCUAACUUCCGCUCCAUCGUCCAAAAACUCACCGGUCAUGAUGAAUCUUCAUGUCAUCCCAUCGGAAAAUCCAACUUUGGCAAGAAAGGUCCUCCUCAACGAUCGAUAUUUAAGUUGCACGAACGAAGGCAUAGUGCAAGAAAGCUUGAAAAUAUUUUCACUAAUAAAAUUUUGUCAUCACCUAAUUAUUCUACGUCUAGGCAAAGAAGUAAUUUUCUUGCAUCUCCAGUGUCCCCUCUUGAAAUGCUGACACGUGGAAUAAGUCCAAGAUCACCAAUGGAAGAAGAAAAAGAAGAAGAAAGAGCUAUUGCUGAGAAAGGAUUUUACUUGCAUCCAAGUACUCCUAGAGGUUCUCAGCCACCUCAACUCUUGCCUUUAUUUCCACUUCAAUCUCCUACAGCUACACAUCAUUCUUCUUCUUAGUUAAUUCAAUUAUAGAUAUAUUGUGUAGGAUGUAUUUAUUUACAUAUAGACACUCAAAUUAAUCCUAGUUGAUAUUUGUUGUUAAUUCUGAUGUUUUAAUCA